UCCUCGGCUCCGGGCAGCGUCGCCGGGGAGAGAUGAGUUCGCGGCACCAGGCGGACUGGAUCCCUUACAGUGUUCUGGAUGAUGAAGGGAGCAGCCUGCGUCAGCAGAAGCUUGACAGACAGAGAGCACUGCUGGAACAGAAGCAGAAGAAGAAACGCCAGGAGCCACUGAUGGUUCAGUCCAACGUGGACGGCCGGGCGAGGACGCGCAGGACGAAGCAUUCGGAGGAGCAAGCCCCGCUGGUUGAAUCUUAUCUCAACAGCAACAGCAGCACCAUCUACCAUGGGAUUGAUGGCCCAGCUGCUUUUCAAGAUGAUGUUCAGAAGAUAGGAAGUCAAGUGCAGAUUCUCACUGUUGGACAGUCUAGCCAUGAUGAAGAUGAUGGUGAGAAAGUGGCUACUGGUCAACAGCAGCAAAGCAAGCAAGAUCUUAAAACAGCAAUGCAGAAGAAAGAUCCCCAUGCAAAUACAUCCUGGUCCUCUUCCACCUCCCAAUCCAGUCUUGUCGCCCUGGAUCAUGUUCCUGGCAUUUCAAGUAGCAUGAACUUUGAUGAGGAAGAAGAUGAGGAGGAUGAAGACAGCUCCAGCUCUUCACAGUUAAACAGCAACACCCGGCCUGGUUCUGCCACGAGCAAGAAAUCCAAUAAGGAAGCGGCCUCAGCCCCCAGUCCUUCCACAAAUGAGCCUCUCAUAGAUGUGGAUGACCUGGAGGAGUUUGCUGUCAGACCUGCCCCACAGGGGGUCACUGUCAAGUGCAGGAUCACAAGAGACAAGAAAGGAAUGGACCGAGGGAUGUACCCUACUUAUUACCUCCACUUGGAAAGGGAGCAUGGUAAAAAGGUGUUUCUGUUGGCUGGAAGGAAACGAAAGAAGAGUAAAACCUCUAAUUACCUCAUCUCUAUAGACCCAACUGACCUGUCUCGGGGUGGAGAGAGUUUUAUUGGAAAACUGAGAUCAAAUCUUAUGGGAACUAAGUUUACAGUUUAUGACAAUGGAGUGAAUCCAAUGAAAACAACAUCCAGCCUGGAGGCGAGCACCCUGCGUCAGGAGCUAGCUGCUAUUUGUUAUGAAACAAACGUCCUGGGGUUUAAAGGACCUCGUAAAAUGAGUGUGAUCAUACCAGGAAUGAAUAUGGAUCAUGAAAGAGUUUCCAUCAGACCACGAAAUGAACACGAGACGCUUCUUGCAAGGUGGCAGAACAAAAAUACAGAGAGUGUCAUUGAGCUGCACAACAAAACACCAGUCUGGAACGAUGACACCCAGUCCUACGUUCUGAAUUUCCAUGGUCGAGUCACACAGGCCUCGGUGAAGAACUUCCAAAUUAUCCAUGAUAACGAUCCUGACUACAUCGUGAUGCAGUUUGGCCGUGUGGCUGAGGACGUGUUCACCAUGGACUACAACUACCCCAUGUGUGCACUACAAGCCUUUUCCAUUGCCCUUUCCAGUUUUGACAGCAAGCUGGCUUGUGAGUAAAGGGGCGUGGGUGAGCAUCCUCUCGAAGGAAGCAGUUUGCCAUAUGAUUCCCAAUUCCUGCUGGUGUCGCUUAUGGUCCAUGCUAAAAAGGUCAGGGAAAAAUGCAGUUGUGGAGGACCACUCUGUUGCUGAAGAGAAAGUAAAAGGAAUCUUCUAAAAAUGCAGGACAUUCAGGAAAUUAUAUUUCCCUCUUUUUUUUCUUUUUUUUUCCCUGUGUCAUAUUUUUCUGGAAGUGACAUCGAGUUUUUUUGUAAAUAGGAGUUGUCUCUCAUGUCCCUGGUUGUGUUAUGGGUGUGUGCCAUGAUGUACUGACCCGUGGCUCCAGUAGCACCAUGACAGUGGUGUCCUUUUUUUUUUAAAAAUCCAGAAAGGGCGUGAGCACUCCAAAAGUUUCUUUUUACAUUUAAGAAUCAUUCCAAGGCUGCAAUCGUACCUCAAGGUUGCAUUCCUGCAUCAACUAAUCAAAGCUUCACAUCAUCCAGCAAAAGAGAAAGAUGAGGAAAAAAGAUGCACUUUUUUUUUUCUUUUUUUUUUUUUUUUUUGAUUGUGCAAGGAUCUCGUGUAGUAUAAAGCCGAGUCUGAAGGUUGAAAACCUCUACUGGACUGAACUUGAUGCAUUGCUAUUGUACAUGUAGUAGGGCAUGAUGAAUUUUAAUUGCAGUAGGAGGAAAUGGAGAAGUGGAAAGCACAAAAUAAUGUUGCACAAGUCACUUGAAUUCUAAGCUGUCAUUAUGUUUUAACAUCUACAUGCUUUUUAAUUUGUUUCAAAUGGAAAUGUAUUUGCAGUACAGAAAAGGAAAAGGAAAACAUCUAGAUGCCAAGAAAGCAUAACUUAUGUUGAAUUUGGCAUUUUGUGGGCUGGGAAUUUAUAUCCUUGUAUUGCUGUGGUAAUUCAAACACAUAUUUUGUAUGAAGUGAUAUAAACAAUUGGAUAAAGGCACUCUGCAGAGAAUCUUCUUAUUUUGAACAGGCUGUGUAAAGCUGAGGAAGGUAAAUGGAAAUAUUUUAUUAAAUUUGUCUGGCCUUUUGAGCUUUUACAA